ACGGCUGCGUUCUGAUUGAACCAAUCACAGAAGCACUUUGUGGGAUUUAAAUUGUGUGGCGUCAUCGUCACGAAAUUCAAAUUGCCAGAAAGAGGCGACUAAAGCGACAUUCUCUCUGCGCUUACCACGGUUUUUCCUGGAGAUCUGCGCAAACGUGGAUACGAUGGCGCAGUUUGGGUUUGAGAACGACAUCCACAGCAUUUUGAAGCUGGACAUGCCGAUUACCAACGCCCCGAUUGCUAGGUGGCAGAGAAAGGCCAGCUCAUCCACCACGCCUGCCCUCGGCGGGUUGUCGCCCGGAAGACCUGCAAAUGCAUCGCUGAGUUCCUCCAAAACGCCGGGCAAAACUCCUGGUAAAAAUAAAAAAACUCCUUCAAAGAUGGGAGGUGAUCGUUACAUUCCCAUCAGAAACAGCCAACAAAUGGAUGUGGCAAAUUUCCUGCUCACAAAAGAGAAUGAACCAGUCGAUGCAAACUCAUCCACGAGCUCUGAAACUCAAAAGUUUUGGUCAGUGUCACUGAAUGGAUACAACAUUGAAGAUGCAAAGAUUCUUCACCUUGGUGGGAAACCGCUGAACGCCCCAGAAGGCUAUCAAAACAACCUGAAAGUCCUCUACAGUCAGGUUACAACCCCCUCCUCUUUGAAGAAAAGCAGAUACAUAUCUCUAAGUCCCGACCGAAUCUUGGACGCUCCUGACAUUCGAAAUGAUUUUUAUUUAAAUCUGAUUGACUGGAGCAGUCGGAAUCUUCUUGCUGUGGCAUUGCACAACAAUGUGUUCCUGUGGGACGCCACACAAGGAGACGUCAUUCACCUUAUGAAGCUGGAGCGAGAGGAGGACUACAUCUGCUCAGUGUCCUGGUGCAAAGAGAGCAGCUACCUGGCUGUUGGGACAAGUGAUGGCAAAGUUCAGUUGUGGGAUGUUGAAAGUCAGAAGCGCCUGCGCAGCAUGGCCAGCCACACUGCUAGAGUUGGCAGCCUGUGUUGGAAUGACCAUAUUCUGUCCAGUGGCUCCCGAUCGGGACACAUCCACCACCAUGACGUGAGGGUGGCGGACCAUCACAUCUUUACCCUUACUGGUCACUCGCAGGAAGUGUGUGGCCUCAAGUGGUCCCCCGAUGGACGCUACCUGGCCAGUGGGGGCAAUGAUAACUUGUUGUAUUUAUGGCCCCGUGUGCCCGAGGCAGGUGCCAGUAAUGACAGCCAGUCGCUUCACUGCUGGAGUGAACACCAGGGAGCAGUCAAGGCUAUAGCCUGGUGUCCAUGGCAGUCUAAUAUUCUUGCUUCAGGAGGAGGCACGAGUGACCGUCACAUCCGCAUCUGGAAUGUAAACAGUGGCUCCUGCAUCAGCUCACUUGACACUCAGUCCCAGAUCUCAUCGCUUGUGUUUGCGCCAAACUUCAAAGAGCUCGUCUCUGCCCAUGGAUAUGCCCAUAACAACGUUGUUAUCUGGAAGUACCCAUCUCUCACUAAAGUCGUAGAUCUCAAUGGUCACGAGAACAGGGUCCUCAGUUUGGUUCUGAAUCCCGACUGCUCCACUGUGGCCAGUGUUGCAGGAGACGAAACCAUUCGUCUGUGGGCGAGCUUCGAAAUGGAUCCUGUUAAGAAGAAGGCGAAGGAAAGAAUGGUUAAAUCCACCAGCAGUGCCAUCCACCAGUCAAUCAGAUAGAUCCACUUGUCUUUUCUUUUCACUGGUAAAAGUGUUCUAGGUUUAUUCUGAAUUGUGUCUGAAAGUUCUUGAUUCUGCAAUAAAGAUUCCUACAAAUGUUCUUUUUGUUUAUGGUGUAACAGAUUGUGCUGUGGUUUGUGCAAUUUCUCAAUGGAAAUUGACUUUUUAAAAAUGUUUUUUAAUUUUUAUUUUAAAGUGAUAGACAAAAGUCACAAGUUUUUAAUCAGGCAUUGAUUACAAUGAGCUGGGUUUUAAAUAAAGGUUUUACUAUGUCUACUGUA